AUGGAGAUAGACACAGAUGCAAUAGUUGUUGCAAAUGUGAACAUAAACUGGAGUCAAAUGAAUUCUUUGAAAUUCAUGGGCCUGGCAACACCUUUAUCACUGUCUAUACGAACUGCAUUUUAUCCAUUUAAUUUGGUACGAACUCGUUUACAAAAUCAGGAUACAAAACCAUUACAAACAGCAUAUAAAAUUCAAAUGGUUAAAUCAAAUCAGGGUACCAUGCAGCACAUAAAAACACCUCAAGUGAAAGGUUAUCGUGGAAUGUUGGAUGCUGUAUCUAAAAUUUAUGGUAGAAAUGGUUUAAGAGGAUUCUAUGAUGGAUUUUCAGUGAACAGUUUUAGUGUUAUUCAGAAUGUUAUGUACAUUGGAGUUCUUGAAUUUACUCGAGAACGUAUAGAGUUAUAUUUCGAAGGAUCAAAAAUAUUUUCUCAAAAUACUAUUAAACAUAAAAUUGCUCCAAUGAUAGGAGCUAUGUGUGCAACUUCAACUUUAAUUCUUAGUGUCCCUACUGAUGUAGUUUCUCAGUAUCUCCAAGAUGCUAAAUCCGAUGGUAGUAAGGGUACAAAUAUAAGGUUACUACACAAAAUUCGUCACCUGCAACCAAAUGAAAAGAUUGUUGUACAUGUUAUAAAGGACUUGUGGACUGUUGGUGGUGUGCGAGCCUUUUACAAAGGUUUUGGUGCUACAUGUACUCUUAGUUUAUUUAGUGGUGUAUUUUGGCCAUUUUAUUUUUCUCUGAAAGGUGGAAUAUUUGAAAAGUUAUCAAUUGAUCCUCAUGAGAAAUGGACUUUAUAUACUAUAUGUGCUGUUAGUUUAUCGGCAGGGAUGGCAUGUUGUGUAUCUAAUCUUGUUUCUAAUCCUAUUGAACUCACAAGAAAUCAAUCACAGAUGCAUCAACAAAGUGCGUGGAAAAUGUUAAGGAUAAUAUGGAGAGAAGAAGGAAUGAAUAUGUUUAUCAAAGGACUGACACCUCGCCUUGGUCAUUCAAUUCUUCAUUGUAUAGUAGGUUUACCACUUCUUGAACACGUGAAAAAAUGGAGCGUGAAAAAGAAAAAUGAAAAUUUAUGAUGUCACGUGAAUUAUAGGUAUACAAAUUACACUCAUGGAUGUUAUUUUAAUGAACAGAUAUCAAUAUCGUAAUACAAUGAAGGAGUUUUC